GUACAAGUGUUACGCCUGACAAAUUUGGUGCGAAUCAAUUAUUUGCUUCCUAUUUUAAAAAGGAGACGCUUCGCUUCUUCUCACUUCUCUGUUCUCACUACACUUACAUUAAUCUCUCUGAUCCAGCGAUGAUGAAAUCAAACCAGAAACCGAAACCCCACGCGCCACCGCGUCCUCUCUUCUCCUGUGGCUUCUUCCGCCGCUGCACACAAUCCGUCCUCAGCCCCACCUCUCCUCACCAGCAACCUCGCCGUAAACCCACCACCACAUCCUCCUCCUCAUCAUCCUCCUCAACCUCCACUUCUCAAAGCUUCACUCAAUGGCGUUUCCCUCAUCACCUUGACCAAACUCCAUCCACCGUUACUCCUCCUCCUCCUCCUCCUCUUCCUCCUUCUCCGCCGCCUCUUCUGGUCACCACCACUCUCCAAGAAACCUUCCAGAUCGCAGAGCUUCACCUCACGUCCGUCUCCGAAUCCGACAAGCUCCUCGCUCUUCAGCUACUCGAACGGGUCGUCGUACCCGACCCGCCAUCCGAUCCGACUUGUCCUCCGGGUCUCAUGCGAGGCCUCGUCUCUUGCCUCCGUAGCAACAAGAUCGUAACUGCCAAAUACGUCACCAAGAUCCUCCUCGCGCUCUGCCUCGCCGAAGGUAACCGCCACGUGGCGGUCGAGGCGGGAGCCGCCAGAGCGGUGGUGGAAACUGCGGCGGGGCUAGAGAUCUCUGCGGUGGAACGCGCCUUAGCUGCGCUUGAGCUCAUGUGCACGACGGCGGAAGGCGCGGCGGAGGUUCGUGCUCACGCGAUGACGGUGCCGGCGAUGGUGGCCGUGAUGGCGAGAUUAGCCGGGAGGGGCAGAGAAUACGCGAUAAGCAUACUUACGGUGGUAUACGGAAGAGGAGGAGUUUCCGGUGAAGAGAUUGCGGUGGCGCCGGCGGAGGAAGUGGCGAGGGCGGUGUCUCUGGCGCUGGAAGGAGAGUGUACAGCGAGAGGAAGAAGAAAAGGGGCCCACUUAUUGAAGACCCUUGAGGAAUAUGGACGGUUGGAUCUGAGUCAGAAUGGUACAUGAGGAAAAUAAAAUCUAACGGUGGAGAUUAUGUCAGAUAAAAUAAAUCUGAAAGCUAGUUUGGGGUCACGGGCUUGUUGUUCUUUUGUUAAAGAAGUGUGGGCCUUCGUCUCUGUCUCCCCUAUCUAUGUGUAUAUAUAUAUUAUA